CUUUUGCCUCAUCACACUUCCAUACAAUUAAACCAAACCUGUGCUGCCGAGGCUCUCACUCAGAGAGAGAGAGAGAGUGGGAAAGAGAGGGCGAGGGAAAAAAUGGAAAUUUUCGUAUUCUGUUAAUAUCUAUAUGUAGCUACCUAAGCUCUUCUCUCUCUCUCUCUCUCUCUCUCUCUCUCUCUCUCUUUCUACUUUUUUCUGCUUAUCGUUUGCUUCAAAUCUAAGAAUUUCCGUUCUAGUUUUAUCUCCUUCUUUGUUACUUGAGAUUCCUGGAAAAGAAGAAGGAAAAGUAGAAAUGGGGAGAGGUAGGGUUCAGCUGAAGCGGAUCGAGAACAAGAUCAAUCGCCAGGUGACUUUCUCCAAGCGGAGGAACGGAUUGCUCAAGAAAGCUCACGAGAUCUCAGUUCUCUGCGAUGCUGAGGUCGCUGUGAUCGUCUUCUCCACCAAGGGAAAGCUCUUCGAGUACGCCACUGAUUCCGGCAUGGAAAGGAUCCUUGAACGUUAUGAAAGAUAUUCUUAUGCAGAGCGAGAGCUUAUUGCUGCUGAUUCCGAAUCACAGGGAAAUUGGUCUCUAGAGUACACAAAGCUUAAGAAUAAAAUUGAGAUUUUACAGCGGAACCAAAGGCAUUAUGUUGGAGAAGACCUCGAGUCCUUGAGUCUGAAGGAGCUCCAGAAUUUAGAGCAACAGCUUGACACUGCUCUCAAACAAAUACGAACAAGAAAGAACCAACUCAUUUACGACUCUAUUUCAGAACUUCAGAAAAAGGAGAAAGCGUUGCAGGAGCAAAACAACAUACUGACUAAAAAGCUCAAGGAGAAGGAGAAGGAGAAGGAAAAGGAAAAGGCUCUGGCCCAGCAGGCUCACUGGGACCAACAAAACCAAGGACAAAGCUCACCGUCCUUCCUGCUAUCACAGCCACUUCCCUCACUUGCUAUAAGUGGUACUUACCAGGGAAGGGGCGCCGCAUGCGAUGAUGAAGAAGCUCGCUCGCAUGCUCGGACCAACUCACUUAUGCCGCCUUGGAUGCUCCGCCAUUUGAAUGAAUAGAAGAACCAACUACAGUCUUCUGUCUGAUCAGCAGUUUUCGAUCAUUAUGCUAGCUUGAUGGAAAUUGCCUUCAUGGCGGGAGAGGUGUCAUCUCAAUCUCAUUACUUUCUGUACAUCAAUUAUGUGACAAUGUAUAAUCUCUAUCAUAUAUAGGGACUAGCAUCCACCAAAGAAUCGUCAGGUUUGAGUGUAUUUUGAACUUUGGGUUUUUCUAAAUUAUACUACUCUCUAGUUCUAGAAAGUUAUAUAUCUAGCACAAGAACGAGGAUGGAUGAACUUGGAUUUCAUUGGAUUUCUGUCUCUGGUUGUGUAUAUAAAUAUCUAAACUCUGUUUUAUCUUUUC